UCUGCCAUCUUCUUGUCUGAAACCCUAUCCAGGGUGCGUAUAAAAAGUGGAAAAAAUUUAUACCACUUAACCUGCAGAAUCAUUCAGUUUACAUACGUCAGCUAGCCGUCCUCACCGCAACAUCUGGUUAUCGCAAGUUACUCCGCUACGACCAGUUUUAUUGCAACAAAGAGGCCCAGUAAGCCAAGACAAUCAAGCAGGCCUCAAAGAUGGCGGAUGUGGAGAUGAAAGAAGCCUCAGCUGGUGCUUCAGCCAAGGGAAAGGGAGCAUCUAAGGCUUCCGAAGGUGCGAGUGAUGGCAAAAAGAAGUUCGAAGUUAAGAAAUGGAAUGCGGUAGCCCUAUGGGCGUGGGAUAUCGUUGUCGACAAUUGUGCCAUUUGCCGUAAUCAUAUCAUGGACCUGUGUAUCGAAUGUCAAGCAAACCAAGGUUCAUCUACGACCGAAGAGUGUACAGUCGCUUGGGGGAUUUGCAACCACGCGUUCCAUUUCCACUGCAUAUCCCGUUGGCUGAAAACUCGCCAGGUUUGCCCCUUGGAUAACCGAGAUUGGGAAUUUCAGAAGUACGGCCGGUGAACGCGGUUUUAUAGAGGAUCUUCUGAUUGCUGAAGCUUCCACCUACAUGGUGUCAUGGAUUUUUAUAUGCAAGAGGCGGGCAAGAAAUGAUCUGGAUGGCGUUCGGAUUUGUUUUUCGCACCUUUGCGGUGGUUACUCUGAUGAUAAAUGCGGCUUCUUGGUUGUGCAGAGUUAAAUAGUGUCCGACUCGGUAUCUUCCGAGUCAAUCUCCCCUGAAUCAUGCUUGUACUUCAUGCCACUUUAGUUCCGUCUACCAUGACCCGUGCGCCACCGACUCUCCCGGCUGACGAAACAAGCCAUUUCUCAGGGCUCUUAUUGUACACAGGCCAAGGAGGGAUAACAGCCAGUCCAGUUACCAGUGUACCUGCCAAGCCGACCCAGAGUGUGAGAUGUAAAUCCCGAUAGAUAUAUCCGGCGAGGAAAGCAACAACCUUGACAUGACCGAGCGUAAGCGAAUGAUGUCCAUCCUAUUAAUGCUGACCAUAUUGGUCAAAGAAACAUCAGGAAUAGGCUAGCACUAUACCCCAGAUAAAAUUAAAAGAGCCGUAGACAAUAUUUCAGCCAUGUGUUGGCCAUGAAAGUCCUAUCCAUGUAGAGUUUCCUGGUUAUCACCUAAUACGAACGGGGACUGGUGGUAGUGACAAACA